AUGGCGGACAUCAUUCGCGAUGCCGCCGUCGGCCAGUUCAUUCGCUGGGUCACCGGCAACCGCUACCUCCAGUACCCCGAGGAGAAGCCCGACUUCCAGCUCCCCGAGGCCUACGCCAACAUUCUCAACGGCGUCAACCUCAGCAACCGGCCGCCCACAUUCAAGUCUUCGACGACCCUCGACGACGAUGCCGCGACAGAUAGCGACGACGCCGCGACGGUAGCCGCCGCGGCCCCGUCGCCUCUGGCGCACGUCCCGUCGCACCGCUCCGGCAUCAACAACAUCACCGAGUCGGCGCUCGAGGCCGACACGCUGCACAAUCUCGAGAAGAAGCAGUCCCUCGCCAUCGCGCCGCAGCAGACCAAGGACGGCGCCAUCCUCGUCGACUGGUACUUUACCGACGACCAGGCCGACCCGCACAACUGGUCCAACAGCAAGCGCAACGCCAUUGCGCUCGUCAUCUGCCUGUACACCUUUGUCGUCUACACGACCUCGGCCAUUUACACGGCCUCCACCGAGGGCGUCAUGGAGGAGUUCAGCGUGAGCACCCUCAAGGCCUCGCUCGGCCUCUCCCUCUACGUCCUCGGCUACGGCGUCGGCCCGCUCAUCUUCUCGCCGCUCAGCGAGAUCCCCCGCAUCGGCCGCAACCCCGUCUACGUCGUCACCAUGUUCCUCUUCGUCAUCAUCUCCAUCCCCACGGCGCUCGUGCACAACUUUGCCGGCCUCAUGGUCCUGCGCUUCCUUCAGGGCUUCUUCGGCUCGCCGUGCCUGGCCUCGGGCGGCGCGUCGCUCGGCGACAUGUACAGCCUGAUGGCGAUUCCCUACGCCAUGAUGGCCUGGGUCUCUGCUGCUUACUGCGGACCUGCCCUUGGCCCUCUUCUCAGCGGCUUCUCCGUCCCCGUCAUGGGCUGGCGCUGGUCCCUGUACGAGUCCAUCUGGGCCUCGUCUCCCAUCUUCAUCCUCAUGCUCGUGUUCCUCCCUGAGACGAGCAGCGCGACCAUUCUGCUGCAGCGCGCCCAGCGUCUUCGCAAGGUCACUGGCGACGCCCGCUUCAUGUCCCAGAGCGAGAUUGACCAGCGCAGCCAGAAGAUGACUGCCGUAUUCAUCGACGCGCUCAUCAAGCCUCUUGAAAUCACCAUCAAGGAUCCCGCUGUCUUGUUUGUCCAGAUCUACAGCGCCAUCAUUUAUGGCAUCUACUACUCCUUCUUUGAGGUCUUCCCUCUGGUUUACCCCGUUGAUUACCACAUGAGCCUCGGCCAGAUUGGUCUCGUUUUCCUGUGCAUCUUGAUCUCGUGCCUCAUUGGUGUCGUUGGCUACUUCUGCUACCUGUACUUCUACAUGAACCCGCGCAUCGUCAAGUACGGCUUCGGUGCCCAGGAGGAGCGUCUGAUUCCCGCCCUUGGCGCUGCCUUUGGCCCGACGAUCGGUCUCUUCCUCUUCGCCUGGACCGCUCGCGCGUCGAUCCACUGGAUCGUGCCCACCAUCGGCAUCACCAUCUAUGGCGCCACCGUCUUCGUGGUCAUGCAAUGUAUCUUUGUGUACAUUCCCCUCAGCUACCCCAUGUAUGCGGCUAGUCUGUUUGCCGCCAACGACUUCUUCCGCAGCGCUCUGGCCUGCGGCAGUGUUCUGUUUGCCCACCCUCUCUUUGGAAACUUGGGUGUUGCCCGUGGCACCAGUCUUCUUGGCGGCCUGAGUGUCAUUGGCAUCGUCGGCAUCUGGCUUCUGUACUUCUACGGUGCUAGAUUGCGUGCUAUGAGCAAGUUUGCGCUUGCGGAUUAG